GAGCUUAUCCUAACUCUUUGGGAGGUUCAGAUAAGUCAAAUCUUACUCUUGAUCCUAGGAGAGGUAGCUUCUGUGCAGCUAGGGUGGAAGCAGCAUGGCUAGAGAAGCAACAUGGGGCGAUUCCUGUGAGGAGCUGGACCAGGAGAAAUAUGAUGCAGAUGAAAAUGUGAAGAUUAUUUGCCUGGGGGACAGUGCUGUGGGGAAAUCGAAGUUAAUGGAAAGAUUCCUCCUGGAUGGAUUCCAACCACAGCAGCUCUCUACAUUUGCCUUGACACUCUACAAAUACACAACCAAUGUGGAUGGGAAGAAUAUCCUUGUGGAUUUCUGGGACACAGCUGGACAGGAGAGGUUCCAGAGUAUGCAUGCAUCCUAUUACCACAAAGCCCAUGCUUGUAUCAUGGUGUUUGAUGUGCAGAGGAAGGUCACCUAUAAGAAUCUGAGUAACUGGUACAAGGAGCUGAGGGAGUUCCGUCCAGAGAUCCCCUGCAUUGUGGUGGCCAAUAAAAUUGAUGCGGAUAUUAAAGUGACUCAGAAAAGCUUCAACUUUGCCCGGAAGUUCAAUCUGCCCUUCUAUUUUGUCUCAGCUGCAGACGGCACCAAUGUAGUGAAGCUCUUCAGUGAUGCAAUCAAACUGGCUGUCGCAUACAAACAGAAUUCAGGAGAUUUUAUGGACGAGGUCAUGAGGGAGCUGGAGAACUUUGAGCUGCAGAAAAAGGGGGAGGAUUCGGAUAAAGACGAGAGCUACCCCGAAGAGAAACCCCUGUCCAGCUGAGCCCAGGCUUCAGACCAGCCUUGUGCUGCUCCCCAUCACCCCAGCUCCUUCGUGAUUAGGUAAAACUGUCAAUCUCUGCCUGAUGAGAGCAGAUUUCUCAGGCACUGGCCAUGCUGAGCCACCUCUGGCUGGGACCAUCCUGCUCCAGGGAAACCAUUUGGAUGUGAUCUUCCUGGCCUUGGCCCCACCUUCCUGAGCAUCCAGGACACAGACGGGACAAGAGUACAUGACUGCUGCCUGCCUCGGGACCAGGAGGGGGCAUUUGCUGGGGAGUGGGGCCGCUGCCUGCCCUGUCGGGAAGCGCCCUACCCACGCGUUUAUUAGUGGAGCCCAGCUUGAGAAAACCAACACUAAAGGAUUUUUAUAAA